AGCCUAAUUUUGGAGCUUCUGAAAUCUUCCACAGGGGGUUGAAGGAACUGGCCUAGCCUUUAUUGUCUUCACUGAAGCUAUCACCAAAAUGCCUGUCUCACCUUUGUGGUCCAUCCUCUUCUUCAUCAUGCUCUUCUGCUUGGGUUUGUCAUCUAUGUUUGGAAAUAUGGAAGGUGUGCUUGUACCUUUACAAGAUCUUAAGAUUAUACCCCCCAAAGUGCCUAAGGAAAUUAUUACUGGUCUUAUUUGCCUGGGGUCUUACUUGAUAGCUUUUAUUUUUGUGCUAAAGUCUGGAAAUUACUGGCUGGCUCUAUUUGACAACUUUGCUGGCUCUAUUCCCUUGCUAAUAAUUGCAUUUUUUGAGAUGUUUUCAGUCGUCUACAUUUAUGGAAUAGACAGGUUUAAUAAGGAUAUUGAGUUCAUGAUUGGACACAAGCCCAACAUUUUCUGGCAGAUUACCUGGAGAGUUGUCAGUCCUCUCAUUAUGUUAGUUAUCUUCUUCUUUUAUUUUGUGGUGAAAGUCAACGAAGAACUGCUCUACAGCAUUUGGGACCCUAGCUAUGAGGAGUUCCCCAAAACACAGAAGGUUGAAUAUCCCAAUUGGGUGUAUGCUAUUAUUGUAAUCCUUGCUGGUGUGCCUAGUUUGGCCAUCCCUGUCUUUGCCAUCUACAAAGCCAUCAGAAAUUGCUGUCAGAAAAAAAAUGAUCGUACGGGCCUUAUGAUCUCCACGUCUGAGACUUCUGUUAAUGGAAACUUAAAGUAUUCAUCGUAA